UAAUGGAUACACAUCGCAAUUAUGAAAACCUUGAUUAUGCUAUAGGAUUUGGAAAUCAUGUAGAAACAGAAGCAUUAAAAGGAGCAGUACCAAAAGGAUAGAAUAGUCCACAAAAAUGUGCUUAUAAUUUGAUAGCUGAAUAAUUUUCAGGAACAGCCUUCACUUUACCUAGAGCUAGUAAUCAAAAGACAUGGCUCUAUAAAAUUAGACCAAGUGCUGCUCAUACACCAUUUGUAGAUGCUCCAGAAUUUGGAAAAUAUGUUAAAAACGAUUUUUUGAAUGAUCAUGGAUUGACAAUCACUCCUAAUCAAUUAAGGUAAAUUACAAAACUAUAUUUAUCAGAUGGAAACGUUUACCCUUACCAUAAAAACCUACAACAUUUGCUGAAGGUUUGGUCACUGUUUGUGGAGCAGGUGAUCCAUCCAUCAAAUAAGGAAUUGCAAUAUAUUUAUAUGCUGCAAAUAAGAGUAUGACUAACUCUAGUUUGUUUAAUAGUGAUGGAGACUUCUUAAUAGGUAUAUAUACUUAUUAAAUUUAGUGCCUUGGGAAGGAGAAAUGUUAAUUACUACAGAAAUGGGUAAAAUGACAGUCAAACCAAGAGAAAUUUGUGUUAUUCCUCGUGGAAUCAAGUUUAGUGUUGAAAUGACUAAACCAAUAAGAGGAUACAUAUGUGAAGUCUUUAAAGGUCACUUCAGAAUUCCAGAUUUGGGACCUAUUGGAGCAAAUGGAUUAGCCAAUCCUAGAGAUUUCUUAGUUCCAACUGCUUAUUAUGAAAAUACCGAAGAAGAAUUCUAAAUUAUUAAUAAAUAUUUAGGAAAAUUCUAUAAAUGUACAAAGAAAGGAUCACCUUAUGAUGUUGUUGGAUGGCAUGGAAACUAUUAUCCUUAUAAAUAUAAUUUGGAUCUUUUUAAUGCUAUGGGAACUGUUACAUUCGAUCAUCCUGACCCAUCUAUAUUUACAGUUAUUACAUGUUAAACUGAUGAACCAGGGUACAUAUAUAUUUAUAAUUCAAAGAGUUGCAGUAUGUGAUUUUGCUAUAUUCCCACCAAGAUGGAUGGUUGCAGAACAUACUUUCAGACCACCCUAUUAUCAUAGAAAUGUUAUGAGUGAAUAUAUGGGAAAUAUUUCUGGAUAAUAUGAUGCAAAGGAAGAUGGCUUCUAACCUGGAUAUGGUUCAUUACAUAGUAUUUUGUAAGGACAUGGUCCUGAUCAUGAAUCAUUUACCAAAUGGUCUAAUAUUGAUUUGGAAGUAAAUUUUCUACUUUAUUUUUUAAGCCUAUUAAAUAUCCAUAUGAAAAUUUAGCAUUUAUGUUUGAAAGUACAUACAUGUUUAAAACUUGUUCGUUUGUCAUGGAUGACUAAGUAAAUUUGGACCAUGACUAUUACCAUGUAAAAUAUUUAUCAAUAUCAAUUUAAGUGUUGGGAUAAAUUGGCUCAUAACAAAUUAGGAGAUAAACCUUGAU